CUGAUAAUUAUCAGUCAGUACUCUUCGCGGUCUCGCUAAGAACAGACGUAGAAGAAGCCAUUUUGUUAAAAUGUUAAAACACCCGUUUUACCAAUACGGAUCCUUAGAUUUGGAAUUACCAGUGAAUUUGAACUUUAGUGAGUUUAUAUUGAACAAGCUUGUGAAGUUUAAAGAGAGAACUAUUAUCAAUGGAACCACAGAAGAAACCAUUGCCUACGGCGACAUCGCCCAAAAAGCGAUGAAUCUCGCCAUCUCCCUCUCUCGCCUAGGCGUCGGAAAGGGACAGGUUGUGGGAAUAUGCUCAGAGAACAGAGCAGAGUUCUGGAGCGCCGUUGUGGGGUCUAUAUGUACCGGGGCCGCGGUUACCACGUUCAAUAUGAUGUACACAACACAUGAGUUAACCCAUGUCGCUGGAAUAUCGAAGCCGAAAUACGUUUUCUGUUCGCCGCUAGCUUACAAAAUGCACAGAAAAACCUUAAAAUCAUUGAAGUUUGUUGAGAAAAUCAUCGUUUUUGGUGACGAAAAGCCGGUGGGAACUAUUUCGUACAACGAAUUGGUGUCAGCUCAAAACGUAAAAUACGAAGAGUUCAGAGCAGCUGACGUGGAAGGUCCAGAUGACACGCUGUUUAUACUAUACUCGUCAGGAACCACUGGCCUACCAAAAGGAGCUGUCUUAACACAUCGAAACGCACUCAUCUCUAGCAAUGCAAAAACCAUAGAAACUCCGCAACCAUGCGUAAUCCUGCUGAUUACCCCAUGGUUCCACACCAUGGGUCUUAUGGGGUCGCUCCUAUAUCUGGCCAGUGGGAGGAACAUGGUGUAUCUGCCAAAAUUCGAGAUCGAAAAUUACUUGAAAUGCAUUGAAAAGUAUAAGGUGACCCGUCUCUACGUAGUGCCACCAAUUUUGGUGGCAAUAGUCAAAUACCCCAAAACGUAUGACCUGAGUACAGUCGACCUGAUAUACAGUGGCGCAGCGCCGCUCACGAAAGAGACAGCUGAUGCAGUGAAGGAUAAAUUCCCAAACGUAAAAUCGGUUCUCCAAGGCUACGGUUUGACAGAAACGGCGCUUGCAGUCACUAGGUGCACUGAUGUGGACUCAAAGUCUGGGACAGUGGGGUCGGUCAUGCCUGGAGCUAUUAUAAAGGUCAUUGACUUAAAAACCCGGAAGCCUGUCGGAGCCAACCAGCCCGGAGAAAUAUGCAUCAAAGGUGGCAUAGUCAUGAAGGGCUACAUCGGCAAGGACCGAAGAGAGGACUUCGAUGAUGAAGGGUUCUUCAGGACUGGAGAUGUGGGGUAUUAUGAUGACGAUGGGGACUUCUUCAUCGUGGACCGGGUGAAGGAGCUUAUCAAGUAUAAGGGAUACCAGGUGGCUCCAGCAGAGCUAGAAGCGGUCUUACUCCAGCACCCAGCAGUCCGCGAUGCAGGUGUAGUAGGUAUACCUGACAGUCGCGCUGGAGAGGUGCCUCGCGCCUUUGUAGUGCUGCAACCAGGUGCCACGGCCACUACUGAAGAGUUACAGAAGUUUGUUGCUGAGAAGCUCUCAAACCCGAAACAUCUUCGUGGUGGUGUACGCUUCGUAGCAGAAAUACCGAAGAACCCCAGCGGGAAGAUCCUGCGCAGAGAGCUACGCAAACUUGCGCAGCAGAGCAAACUAUAAACGUCUUACAAAUCUAGAACAAAGUUCGGCAAAUCUUGUUUUCUAGAAAUUGAUCAAUUUGGUUCCAGUCAUAUUUUUCAUACUUUUGUAUGUUUUCUUACCUUACUUGCAUGUAGUACACAACUAAACCGGUAAUUUAUAAUUGCGUAAUUUACAUUUCUAUGUAAUAGUUUCUUAGUAAUGUAGGAAACUUUAGGCCUAUUUUUAGUUCAUUUAUUUUAAAUAUAUUUGUAAAAGGCUGUUUGUUUUCUAAAUAAAUUAAAAAAAAAAAAAUCUUAAGCCAGUCCAGACGGGAACAAUUUUUCGCAAAAUCAGGUGGUGUGGAUGCAAACGCCAAUUUGACUAGACCAGUGGUUAACCUUUUCAGUCCUGCCACCCCUAUGACUAAGUAGGGAACCCGAUUUUACCCCUCCUACCAUUAAUUAUCAAUAUUCUUUUU